AUGAGCGCGCUCGCGAACGAACUCUUGGCGGAUCUCGACGGUCUCUCAGAGGGCGAGGAAGACCAGGAGCAGACAGAACACGUAGAACAGACAGAGCCACAGGCUGGUCCUUCUAAUGGCGUCAAGCGCAAAGCACCAUCCGACGACGAGAUGUCUGAAGGAGAAGGAGAAGCCGAAGGUGCGGAAGAGGACAAGCUUGUCGGUGGACUUGUGCUCGAGGGCGGGAUAAAGCCCGCGGAGGAGCUAGAUGUAGAAGAGGUGCAGCGAAUGGAACUAGGAGGCGUAGAGGACGUGCGGAAAGUGGCGAAGCUCGACGGCAGCAAGCGCAUGAACGAUAUUCUCAAGGAAAUCGAAAAAUACCAGGCGAAUCCAAGUACACCGGAGCAGAUGUUACAGCCUGCACACAUGAACCCAGAGUACAACCUGAUUGUACAAGCUAACAAUCUGUCUGUCGACGUUGACAAUGAAAUUCUUGUCGUUCACAAGUUCAUCCGAGAUCACUACGCACCCAAAUUCCCUGAGCUGGAGCAGUUAGUCGGUGAUCCGGCCAUGUACAUUCGAUCCGUGCGGGCAUUAGGAAAUGCUGAGGACCCGACGAAAGUCGACCUAGCCGGUAUCCUACCGCCUGCCAUCAUCAUGAGUGUCCUCGUCACCGCAACGACCACGUCCGGACAAACAUUGUCAGAAGCGGAAUGGCAGACUGUUCAACGAGCUUGUGACCUCGCCGAUCGCCUUGAGGAGGCGAGAAAGAAGAUUUUCAUGUACGUUAGCUCUCGCAUGAAUAUUCUCGCACCGAACCUAUCAGCUAUUGUCGGUACAACUACAGCCGCCAAGUUGUUGGGUGUCGCUGGAGGCCUUGGCGGGAUUGCAAAAAUGCCAGCAUGUAACGUCUAUCUGCUGGGAGCCCAGCGGAAGAUCGCAGCGGGGUUCUCUUCAGCAACUCAGCGCCGUCAUACUGGGUUUGUAUACCAGUCUGAGCUGAUCCAGCAGACACCUCCUGAAUACCGCAUGAAGGUUCAGCGGACUGUGGGUGCAAAGUGCGCUCUGGCUGCCAGGAUGGACCUCGAACGACAGCGCAGAGACGGCUCAUAUGGGGAGGAGCUCCAUGAUAAGAUUGAGAAACACAUUGAUCGGCUCGCCGCGCCGCCUCCGAGCAAGAUUGUGAAGGCGUUGCCGAUACCCAAUGACGGCCCGAAGAAGCGACGUGGAGGCAAACGGGCGAGGAAGGCCAAGGAGGCGUACGCGCAGACGGAGCUUCGCAAGCUCCAGAAUCGCAUGGCAUUCGGCGAGGCUGAGGAGGAGAUUGGCGCGUUCGACCAGACUAAGGGCCUUGGUAUGAUUGGCUCAGGCAAGGUCAGGGCGGGCGUAGGGGAGGCGAAGAGUCGAGCCAAACUGUCGAAGGCGAACAAGCUCCGCACCGCAGCGUUGACUAGAGCAGGGCAAUCUGGGACUCAAACACAGAUGUCCGGUACUGCGACCUCGUUGACUGUCACACCCAUACAAGGGUUUGAGUUGACCAACCGCGCUGCUGCGGCACAACGCGUUAAGGAGGCGAACGAGCGGUGGUUUGCGGGGGGUACCUUCUCAUUUGUUGGGCAGAAAGGUGCAUGAGCACCUGUCUUAAGGCCUUCGUAAUGACUCCCGUUCUUCCGUAAUGCAUGCUGUGUGAUUUCAUCGUGGCAACUC